GUGAGAGUCAGAGCCCAUUCGCCAUUGUGGAGCAGAGUAGGGGUAAUAUUCUCUCCAGACGUUACACAGUGUGUGAAUGUUUUGGACUAACUUAAACACAUCACACUGCUGCCAACCUCCCCAGCCGUUUGACAUUCCCUGUUUUCACCUCCCGAAAGGACUGUUGCCGACCGUUUGAGACCGGGCGAGGAGAUCAACGCGUGUGAAAUACGCUGUGAUUAUAGGGCCAACCCCGGAGAGAGGAAAAAUAACGUGAACCCGCAGCGGUGGCAGGAGAGACCGUGGACAGUCAUAACAGCGAUCGAGCUCCUGGAGGAUGUCUGCGACAACGGUCGAUCAGAGACCUAAAGGACAAGGAAACAAAGUGCAAAACGGUUCAAUGCAUCAGAAGGAUGCUGUAAAUGAUGAUGAUUUUGACAAUUACCUGAGCAGCCAGACAAAUCAGAGUAAUAGCUACCCACCAAUGUCCGAUCCCUACAUGCCCAGCUAUUAUGCGCCAUCUAUUGGAUUUCCUUACUCCCUGGGAGAGGCUGCCUGGUCCACUGCAGGAGACCCCCCUGUGCCCUACCUGACCACCUAUGGACAGAUGAGCAACGGUGAACAUCACUUCAUUCCAGACGGAGUCUUUAGCCAGCCUGGCGCUUUAGGCAACACACCCCCUUUUCUCAGCCAACAUGGAUUUAACUUCUUUCCUGGAAAUGCAGACUUUUCUACCUGGGGCACCAGUGGUUCUCAGGGACAGUCUACACAGAGCUCUGCGUACAGCAGCAGCUAUGGCUAUCCCCCCAGCUCAUUGGGUCGGGCCAUAGCCGAUGGACAGGCAGGAUUUGGCAGUGACACUCAACUUAGUAAAGUUCCAGGGCUCAGUAGUAUUGAUCAGGGUAUGGCUGGGCUGAAGCUUGGUUCUGACAUGUCUGCUGUUACGAAAACGGUGGGGUCUCCUUUAGGAGGAACAGCGGGGAUGAGUUGCAUGGCUGCUAACAGCAUGCCACCUGUCAGCUCCUCUGCACCCAAACCCACGUCGUGGGCGGCUAUCGCAAGGAAACCUGCGAAACCCCAGCCCAAGUUGAAGCCAAAACCCAACAUAGUUUUGGGAAGUGGUGCAACAAUCCCUCCUCCACCAAUAAAACAUAACAUGAACAUUGGAACCUGGGAUGACAAAGGCUCCAUCACCAAACCCCCUCUUGCUCAGCAGAUGCUGCCCCCUCAGCCCUUGUUGCAGCAGCAACUCUUGCCCCAACCCCAACCCAUGCUGCAUAACCCAUUGCCACCUCAACCCCAACACCAACAGCUCCAGCUACAAUCACCCCAGCCCCCUCAGCAGCUUCCCCCAGGUCCUCACCAUCCCUCACAACCUGGUCCUCCCUUGCACCCACCACAGCAGCAGAACCCGCCGCCCCAAAACCGUUGGGUGGCUCCUCGGAACAGAGGAAACACCUUCAACCAAAACAGUGGAGUGGAGAACUUUGGCCUUGGGACGGGAGUCCCCAUGAGCUCAUCGCCCUCCUCUGGUGAGGUUCAUCCUGUUCUGGAGAAGCUCAAGGCCCUCAACAAUUACAACCCCAAAGACUUCGACUGGAACUUGAAAAAUGGACGAGUCUUUAUCAUCAAGAGCUACUCCGAGGACGACAUCCACCGCUCCAUUAAGUACUCCAUUUGGUGCAGCACAGAGCAUGGAAAUAAGCGUCUUGAUGGUGCCUACCGUUCACUUGGUGCCAAAGGUCCGCUAUACCUACUCUUCAGUGUCAACGGUAGUGGACACUUCUGCGGCGUGGCCGAAAUGAAGUCAACCGUGGAUUAUAACGCAUACGCUGGCGUCUGGUCCCAGGAUAAGUGGAAGGGCAAGUUUGAGGUGAAAUGGAUCUUUGUUAAGGACGUGCCCAAUAAUCAGCUGAGGCACAUUCGUUUAGAGAACAAUGAUAACAAGCCUGUCACCAACUCCAGGGAUACUCAGGAAGUGCCCCUAGAGAAAGCAAAGCAAGUGCUUAAAAUUAUUGCAACUUUCAAGCAUACCACCUCAAUCUUUGAUGAUUUUGCACAUUAUGAAAAGCGCCAGGAGGAAGAGGAAGCCAUGCGAAGGAAGGGGCAAAUUAUUGGCCUGCAUCAAGCAAAGAAAACAACUAAGAAGAUUGCUGAAAUCACUGGAAUUGGGGAGCGAAAUAGAAAUAAACAGUAGGUUUACAAAGAUCUCCCUGAUAGAACGUCAACACUAAUGAUAUAGAAACUUAACUAUUGCAUAACCUCAGAGGAAGAAGGGGGUGCUGACGCAAUUUCUGCUGAAGAUGAUGUAUGAACACUUCUCACAACAGUGGACUAUGGAUCUACCCUUAUGCUCAAGUCUCGCACGAAACGGAAAGAAAAUCACUCACGUAAACUGUAUCUUUAAGCACUUUCAGCCCUUCUAAAAGCUUCUACCAGUACCCUUAACUAUCAUUGGACAUCUGUUCAGUAUUAACUGACUAACCAGUGUAGUUGGGUCAGAGGAUUUCAAAUGUAUUUGUAGGCUUAUUGUUUUGUCUGUUUUGUUUUUUUCUUUUGUUUUUGUAAAUCCUUCAAAUUUUAGCGCUUUAUAAAUUUGAGCACACUCAGAGGAGAUGAGAACUUAUUUGUCCAUGGAAAGAAAAAUAUAUACUUGAAUUUACGUGAAACUGUAAAAAACGUAAUUGAGGCGCAGAAAAACUUGCGUCCUACCUGACUGAUCCCAAGACUGACUCCACGGUAGCCCAUUCACCUUUGUGUAUCAGCAUCUGUAUACCAAAAGAUAAUUAUGCCGCUUGGUGGAGAAUGACACCAGCCAAUGCACAUUUGUAUUGUUUUCUUUUAUGUAUUUCGUUGCAAUCGUGUCAUUCAAAAGUGCAUUUGUCUUAGGAGAAACCUGCUCAGAAAUGUCAUAAGUCCUCUGAAAGGCCAUGCUGUUCAGGAGAACCUCUGUAACGUAUCUGCUGCUUAUCGGGAGUCAGGCAAUUGCGGAUGCCCACCAAGAACAUGACAGUUUUCUCUUAUAGAUGACUUACUAGCUAAAAUAAACAUCCAUGUUUAGCGAUUCCACGUUUUGAGUUUUUACUUUCAGAAGGUGCCAUUUACCCCUUAUUUUAACGGAUGCGAAACAUUCGUAUUGUCCAAAUUUGUAUUGCAUGAGAACUUCUGGUUUUGUCGUUUGCAACUAUAUACAACGCAUUAUUCUGAGGCCAUGCAAAUGAAAACAGUCUAUUUAGGUUUUGAUUAUAUUGAUUGAAUGAAGCAAUAUUGUUACUAUGGCCUGACAUUACAGUCCAAAUGGUCCCUGCUGGGGUCUCAAAAUCACACCCCUCCAUAAGAUGAUCCUCAAAUAUGUGUGAGUAAUGCAGAGUAAUUACGGUUUCUGCUAGUUCCUGUUUGCUCACUGGAAGCUGCCUUCAGAGACCACACAAGACUGCUCUUACUUCAGGAAGAUGUGGGUAAGAACCAGACCUAAUGAUGGAACAGGCAGCGCCUGGGUCUAAAUUAAUUGGAUGAUGGCACUGCUGCAAAAAGAGAUGCCUUCCGCCCCUUUCUCUGUGUGCUUUGAUUUAAGGCCAUGUUUGUAUGGGUUACUGUAAAUUAAUGCUACUUUAUGAUGCUGAUGCUAAUCAAGAUAUGAUGUGAUUAAUCUGAUUUGAAAAAUAAAUAUAGAUUUAUGGAAACAGAA